GGCAGGCACAUGAGGCAUGAAAGGGUGGAGCUGAGGCUCAGCUGACCCCUCCCCUUUCAUCUUCUCCUUCCCUCUCGUACUCCACUCGAUCAGCACACCCUCCCUCUGUUCUCCUUGACCCAUCCUGACUCACACUGUUGGGACUCACUCAUCCUUCCUUCCCUCCCAAGUCAGCCGUGCCCCAAUGUACUCCCCGGAGCAGGAAAACAUCUCUACCACCUCCUCCUCCAAAGUGCCAGUCAAGUAUGGAGAGCUCAUUGUGCUGGGGUACAAUGGUUCUCUGCCCAAUGGAGACCGAGGCCGUCGUAAAAGCCAUUUUGCACUUUAUAAGAGACCGAAGGCAAACGGGGUAAAGCCCAGCACAGUUCACGUCGCCUGCUCUCCACAAGCAGCCAAGGCCAUAAGCAACAAAGACCAGCACAGCAUCUCGUACACUCUGUCCCGAGCCCAGACGGUGGUGGUGGAGUACACUCAUGACAGCAAUACAGACAUGUUCCAGGAUCGAUAGACCAGGUGGAAGGGAUGGAGUCAGACACAGCUUGCCGAGAGUAAGCAGUUCUCUUCCGAGAACCUCUAUGGACAUAACGAGGUCUUCGCAGAAGACCCAGUUGUUUAAUGAUAGAAACAGAAGGUGGAAUGGAGCAAUUGUUAAGUCCAAUCAGCUGGGAGGCGGAGUAGGUCAACAUCGACGAGCCAGCCAAGCCGGGGGAAGCUAGCACAGAGCUAGCCGCUAACAGCAGACCACGGCUCCGAAAAGGAUAUCCAAAAGGCAGUGCGAUGUAGUCCACAGCAUAGCACAGGAAAAAAUCCAGCAAAAGAUGACAAACUGGAACAAUCCAGAUGACACAGGAGGUUGACAGAA